AUGGCGUCGGACAGCGCGUCGGCGCAGACCCGCUCGCGCAUCUCCGGCCUGGACUCGGCCAGCGAGUGCGAGGUGCGCAUCCGGCGCGAGCUCAUCUCCGUCUCGGACCUGUGCGGCGGCCUCGACGAGAUCCAGGACCUGCUCGACGAGAUCACCCUCUUCGGAGAGAGCGGUGAGUGUAUCGAGAUGGAGCGGACGGCCAGCCGGCUAACGCAGGACACCUGGGACUCGCAUCAGCAGCAGCCGGCGGCGGCGCCCGUCGACCCACGCACCCGCGGCAUCGUCUGCUGUUGGCAGCCGGCCCUUCUGCUGUCGCCGCUCGGCAUCGGCGAGAUGCUGCUCAUGGCGCUGAGCGUGGGCUGCUUGGCGAGCGUGAGUGCCAGCGGCGACCCCGCGUUUGGCUCGCCGCUGCUGCUGCCGCACGCCGGCCACACCCGGCUGGCCGUCUUCAGCUCCGUCUUCUGCCUGCUGUGGACGGCGCUGCUGCUGUUCGUGCACGUGACGCGCCUGCAGUACGUCCUGCUGCUCAACUGGGCGCUCAUGCACACGUGGCUCUUCUGCCUGCUGUCGGUGGUGCACGCGGCCGCCGCCGUGCUGCUGCUCCACCAGGCCUACCUCUACACGUACCAGUACCCGGCGCUCUCCACGUGGACGCGCGCCUGCACCACCGGCGCCGCGGUGCUGGCACUGCUGGCCUCCUGCUGCGCGCUGCUGGUGGCGCUGCUGCCUCGCUGGCUGCCGUCGGCCCAGUACAGCCUGAUCCGGGACGAGACGACGCGCACCACGCUAGCCUCUAGCGGUGACAACUGGAACUACCACCACCCGGAGCCGGAGCCGUUCCAGAACGACGCGGCCGACUCGCAGCACUUCCCGGAGAACAACCCGUACAUCCAGUGGCACGUGCAGAACGGCACCUACUACCUGCUGCCGGCGUCGCUGCGGCAGCAGCUGCGCCCGCCCAGCCCGGGCUCGGGCCACCUGGUGACGUGA